AUGGCAUCCUGGGGCACUGACAGCUGGGGCGGUGUUCCAUCCACCACUGCCCAUUGCAAGACGGAUGAAUGGAACUCUGGUGUUCAGCAGAGUACUGGUACCGACCAGUGGAACUCUGGCGAGGAUCAAACUCGAAACAACAGCAACAACGAUCUUGGCGGCGGAGAGUUUGGCGGAGGCGAAGCCGAUGCAGGAGCAAGGGGUGCCCAGGAGCCCGGUGCCUUCGACGGAACUUGCAACCUCUGCGGCAGGGAUGGUCAUCGGAAGCGCGACUGUCCCGACAAGCCACCGCAGCUUUGCACCAACUGCCAGGAGGAAGGACACUCCGUCACUGAAUGCGAAAACCCGCGAAAGAUCGACCGAUCCGAUGUGCAGGACCUAGAGCCAGCCGCUGCUUUGGCCAAGAUCAAGGAGGCUGCAGCAGAUGACGACAUGUUCGACGCCAAAGAAGCCAUCCGGGCCUAUGUCAAGGCCCUUCCAGACACCGACUUUGUUGCCCUUGAGAAUGCCCUUCGAAAGCAUAAUGUCGGCGUCUUUCUGAUCGCAAUGGAGCUUGAGAUGGAGGAGUCCAUGACCAACAUGGACCUCCAGGGCAAUUUAGGGAAGAAGUACUCCGUGACUUACCGUUUUAGCAGCCGUUGCCCUCGUCCGCGCGAUCGUGAGGCUUGGCCCAAAGAUGCUGAUGAGAACCUCGAGCGUCUCAAGGAUGCCGGCGACAUGGUCAAGACCCUGGUGCCUCGUUGCAGGAACUGUGACGCCCUUGGUCACGACAGAAGACAGUGCCCCGAGGAUCCCAUUGAAAAGCACCAGCAAGCCAUUACUUGCUUCAACUGCGGCGAAACCGGCCACAGGGUCAGGGACUGCACUACUCCCCGCGUUGACAAGUUUGCCUGCAAGAACUGUAGCAAGUCGGGUCAUACCGCCAAGGAGUGCCCUGAGCCUCGACCGGUUCCCGAGGGCCUUGAGUGUACCAAGUGCGGUGAGACCGGAAAGCACUGGCGCAAGGACUGCCCCCAAGGCGGCCAGAGCAGAGCCUGCCACAACUGCGGUGCAGAGGAUCAUAUGUCGCGCGACUGCACCGAGCCUCGUCGGAUGAAGUGUCGCAACUGUGACGAGUUUGACCACGUGGCCAAGGACUGCCCCAAGCCUCGUGACAUGAGCCGCGUCAAGUGCAUGAACUGCUCGGAGAUGGGCCAUUUCAAAUCAAAGUGCCCCAAGCCUGUGGUUGAGGAGGACGCGGAUGACGCUGGCAACGGUGGUUUUGACAACAGCACCAGCUUUGACAAUGGAGGAGACGGUGGUAGUUGGAACGCCCCCGCGGCAGCCGGUGAUGGCUGGCAGGCUAGCGGCGGUGGUGCCGGCGGAAGUGCCUGGUAA